CCGAACUAGCGGCACACGCAGUGUGUCGCGGAGCACAUGUAUAAGUAAGACGUGACAAAAAUUAAAAAAUGCCCAGCCUUGCAUCUACUGGGUUGAAUGGCGCGACGGAUAGUUAUCUUCUUUUAGAGGAUGGAAGUGUUUUUUUGGGAAAACGCUUCGGUGCCGAUGUGUCCACAGACGGUGAAAUUGUCUUUCAGACUGGUAUGGUCGGUUAUCCGGAGUCACUUACGGACCCUUCCUACCACGCACAAAUUCUGGUACUUACGUACCCGCUUAUAGGAAAUUAUGGUGUCUUUAGUAAUGAGAAGGACGAGUAUGGCAUACCAUACUGGUUCGAGUCCCAUCGCAUUUGGGCCGCCGGACUGGUGGUUGGUGAAAUUUGCGAGAAGCCCAGCCAUUGGCGGCAAACUAAGACGCUAUCAGAAUGGAUGAAGGAACAAAAUGUGCCAGGAAUAUAUGAGAUUGACACACGAGCAUUGACGAAAAUUAUUCGCGAGAAAGGUACUGUACUGGGGAAGAUAGUUUCCGGCCAAUUAUCACCAAAUGCUCCGUUGGCAAUGCCUUUGAUAGAAGAUCCCAACAAAAGAAAUCUUGUUGCAGAAGUUUCUCAGCCGACUCCAAGAACAUAUAAUCCAAAUGGAUAUCCUCGUAUAUGCGUAGUUGACUGCGGCUUAAAGUACAAUCAAUUAAGAUGUCUGCUAAAACGCGGUGCUCGCGUGGACGUGGUGCCAUGGAAUUAUAAUUUGAAAGCUGCUGAAUACGACGGUCUAUUCCUCAGCAACGGGCCAGGUGACCCCGACAUGUGUCAAUUGACUGUGGAAAAUAUUCAAAAAGUUCUCGCACAAGACAAGAAAAAACCUAUCUUUGGUAUAUGUCUUGGACAUCAAUUGCUAUCCAUAGCUGCUGGCUGUGUUACAUACAAAAUGAACUACGGCAAUCGAGGUCACAAUCAACCGGCGACUCACCACAGCACCGGACGUUGCUACAUGACCUCGCAGAAUCACGGAUUUUGCGUCGAUGCAUCUCAAUUACCGGCUGAUUGGGAGGUGCUCUUCACCAAUACGAACGAUAACAGUAACGAGGGUAUAAUUCACUCGAAUCUGCCGUAUUUCUCCGUUCAAUUUCAUCCGGAACACACGGCAGGACCCCAGGACCUCGAGUGUCUCUUCGAUGUAUUCCUAGAAAGCGUGAAGGCCGAGAUCGGUGGUCAUCCUCGGAUUUCUACAAAAGACAGACUCACGCAGAAGCUGACCUAUGAACCUGUGGUCCCGAUUGCGAUUGAGCGGCCGAAGAAAGUAUUGAUUCUAGGAUCGGGAGGGCUCAGCAUCGGCCAGGCCGGAGAAUUUGAUUAUUCGGGCUCGCAGGCGAUAAAAGCAUUGAAGGAGGAGUCUAUACAGACUCUUCUGAUAAAUCCGAAUAUUGCUACGGUGCAAACAUCAAAAGGCAUGGCUGAUAAAGUAUAUUUCUUGCCAAUUAUACCGGAAUAUGUUGAACAGGUAAUACAAUCAGAAAGACCAGACGGCGUAUUAUUAACUUUCGGUGGACAAACUGCCCUAAAUUGCGGCGUGGAAUUGGAGAAAAACGGCGUGUUUGCGAAGUACAAUGUUAAAAUUCUAGGAACGCCGAUUGAGUCCAUCAUACAGACUGAAGAUCGAAAAAUAUUUGCGGACAGUAUUAGCGAGAUAAAUGAAAGAAUCGCACCGAGUGCUGCCGUGUACUCCGUUCAAGAGGCAUUGGAAGCUGCUGAAAAAAUUGGCUACCCCAUAAUGGCGCGUGCCGCGUUCUCACUCGGUGGGCUUGGAUCGGGCUUCGCUAAUACGGAAGAAGAGCUGAGGGCGCUGGCGCAACAAGCUCUAGCUCAUUCCAGUCAAUUAAUAAUCGACAAAUCAUUGAAGGGUUGGAAGGAGGUGGAGUAUGAAGUCGUCCGCGACGCAUACGACAACUGUAUUACCGUAUGCAAUAUGGAGAACGUCGAUCCUCUUGGCAUCCACACCGGCGAGUCGAUCGUCGUCGCGCCGAGUCAGACACUGUCGAAUAAAGAGUACAACAUGCUGCGAACCACCGCCAUUAAGGUCAUCAGGCACUUCGGUGUCAUCGGAGAAUGUAAUAUUCAAUAUGCGCUCAAUCCUUUGAGCGAGGAAUAUUAUAUUAUCGAAGUGAAUGCUAGAUUAUCUCGAAGCUCUGCUCUUGCCAGCAAGGCUACAGGCUAUCCUCUGGCUUACGUUGCUGCGAAAUUGGCUCUUGGAAUACAUCUACCGAACAUCCAUAACUCUGUCACCGGUCAGACUACGGCUUGCUUCGAGCCGAGUCUCGAUUACUGCGUAGUUAAGAUACCUAGAUGGGAUCUCAGCAAAUUUCAUCGUGUCAGCACCAAGAUUGGCAGUUCUAUGAAGAGCGUGGGCGAAGUGAUGGCGAUCGGUCGCAAAUUCGAGGAAGCAUUUCAGAAAGCAUUGAGAAUGGUCAACGAGAAUGUAAAUGGCUUCGAUCCUUAUGCGAAAGCGAUCAACGACGAAGAACUGGAGAAGCCGACCGACAAGAGAAUGUUCGUUCUUGCUGCUUCGAUCAAGGCUGGUUACACGAUCGACAGAUUGUACGAACUCACCAAGAUAGAUCGUUGGUUCCUCGAGAAGAUGAAAAACAUUAUUGAUUAUUACGCGCUGCUGGAGAAUAUCGAUCACACAAAACUUUCGCACGACUUACUGCUGGGCGCGAAGCAGAAUGGUUUUUCGGAUAAACAGAUUGCCGCUCUGGUGAAGAGCUCCGAAUUGGCUGUCAGGAUACAAAGACAGGAGAACAACAUCAAACCGAUGAUCAAGCAAAUUGACACGGUGGCCGCUGAAUGGCCGGCCAGCACGAAUUAUCUUUAUCUAACGUACAACGGCACUACUCACGAUGUGGAAUUUCCCGGCGGAUAUACGAUGGUGAUAGGAUCCGGUGUAUACAGAAUCGGCAGCUCAGUGGAAUUCGACUGGUGUGCCGUGAGCUGUCUGCGUGAGCUGCGAAAUCUCGGACGUAAAACGAUCAUGGUGAAUUAUAAUCCGGAAACAGUCAGCACAGAUUAUGACAUGAGCGACAGAUUGUACUUCGAGGAGAUCUCCUUUGAGGUGGUGAUGGACAUAUAUGAUUGUGAGUGCCCUGAGGGCAUAAUACUGUCCAUGGGUGGACAGCUACCUAAUAAUAUUGCCAUGGAUCUGCAUAGACAGCAGGCUCACAUCCUCGGAACCUCACCGGAAUCCGUCGACGGCGCCGAAAAUCGCUUCAAAUUCUCCCGCAUGCUCGAUGGCAUCGGUAUUUCGCNNNUCAGAUGGAAAGAAUUAACAAACUUGAAGUCCGCUAUUGAAUUUUGUGAAAAAGUGGGCUAUCCGUGCCUUGUGCGACCUUCUUACGUAUUAAGCGGAGCCGCGAUGAAUGUCGCGCACUCAAACCAAGAUCUUGAGUCUUAUUUGAAAAGCGCGAGUGAAGUCAGCAAGGAGCAUCCCGUGGUAAUAUCGAAGUUCAUCCUCGAGGCGAAAGAGAUCGACGUCGACGCUGUGGCGUAUGAAGGCAUGAUUUUGUGCAUGGCAGUAUCCGAACAUGUAGAAAAUGCCGGUGUCCAUUCGGGUGAUGCCACUUUAGUGACACCACCACAAGACAUCAAUCCACAAACUCUGAUGAAGAUAAAAAGUAUCUCCAAAGCAGUAGCGGCAUCCUUGGGAGUAACUGGUCCUUUCAAUAUGCAGCUAAUUGCAAAGGAUAACGAACUAAAAGUGAUCGAGUGUAACGUAAGAGUAUCUAGAUCUUUUCCCUUCGUCUCGAAGACCUUAGAUCACGACUUCGUUGCAACAGCAACCCGUUUAAUUGUCGGCGAAACAGUUGAUCCUGUGGAUGUUUUAGCUGGCUGUGGAAAAGUUGGAGUGAAAGUGCCACAAUUUUCUUUCUCUCGUCUUGCCGGAGCUGAUGUUAUGUUGGGUGUUGAGAUGGUAUCCACUGGAGAAGUAGCUUGUUUCGGUGAAAACCGCAACGAAGCUUACCUGAAAAGCAUGUUGAGUACCGGCUUUCACAUCCCGCAAAAGGGUAUUCUGCUGUCUAUAGGAAGCUUCAAGCAUAAAAUGGAACUGUUCGAAUCUAUUAGAAAUCUGAAGACCAUGGGAUAUAAGUUAUACGCCAGCAUGGGUACCGCCGAUUUUUAUACCGAGCACGGAAUUAAGGUGGAACCGGUCGAAUGGACGUUCGAGAACAUCGCUGUGAACGAGGAUUCUAGCCCGAGUCAACUUCGACAUCUCGCCGAUUUCUUAUCGAAGAAACAAUUUGAUCUUGUAAUAAAUCUGCCAAUGAGGAAUGGCGGUGCACGUCGUGUCUCCAAUUUUAUGACACAUGGUUAUCGGACUAGAAGACUAGCUGUCGAUUAUUCCGUGCCUCUGAUCACGGAUGUUAAAUGUGCGAAGCUUUUGGUCGAAGCCUUGAGAAAGAUGAGAGGAAAAGCACCGCGUAUGAAAACAUAUACCGAUUGCGUGUCGUCGCGCAGGAUGAUCAGACUACCCGGCCUUAUCGAUGUCCACGUGCAUACGCGUGAUCCUGGAGCGGUCCAUAAGGAAGACUUCGCCUCCUGCACCGCGGCCGCGCUUGCCGGAGGCAUCACGAUCAUCUUCGCAAUGCCAAACACCCAUCCACCCGUGGUGGACCAUUCGAGUUUUGUUGUCGCGAAAGAGCGAGCUGCAGCUGGUUCGCGAUGCGAUUACGCAAUUUUCGCCGGCGCCUCAUCGGACAAUUACGAUGGAAUACGAGAAAUAGCACCUCACGCGGCUGCUCUGAAAAUGUAUCUAAACGAGACAUUUACAACACUUCGUCUCACUGAUCUUACUGUUUGGAUUAAGCACUUCGAAAGCUGGCCUAAAAAAUAUCCAUUGUGCGUGCACGCGGAAGGACAAACUACAGCCGCGGUUCUUCUACUUGCGAGUUUACAUAGCAGACCUAUCCAUGUUUGUCACGUAGCGCGUAAGGAAGAGAUACAAAUAAUACGCGCUGCAAAGGAACAUGGAUUGGCGGUUACGUGCGAAGUAUGUCCGCAUCAUUUAUUCCUUUGCCAGGAUGACUUGGACCGAAUCGGCAAAGGAAGAGGUAAGGUAAGGCCUAUUCUGGGGACAAAAGAAGACCAGCAAGCUCUCUGGGACAAUUUAGACGUGAUUGAUUGUUUCGCAACUGAUCAUGCUCCACACACUGUGCAAGAAAAGUCCUCCGAGAAACCACCGCCGGGAUAUCCUGGGCUGGAGACUAUGCUCCCGCUGUUGCUUAAUGCCGUGCACGAAGGAAGGUUGUCUAUGGAGGAUAUCAUCGACAAAUUGUACAAAAAUCCUAAAAGAAUCUUCAAUGUCCCUGAUCAACGUAACACAUACGUCGAGAUCGAUCUGGACGACGAAUGGAUCAUUCCUGAAGCAAUGCCGUUUAGUAAAUCGCAAUGGACACCUUUCGCUGGCAUGAAAGUUUGCGGCUCUGUUCAUAGAGUGGUUUUGAGAGGCGAGAUCGCCUACGUGGAGGGACAAGUGCUGCUAAAUCCUGGAUUCGGUCAGGACAUCAGAGAAGCACAAUAUAAGACGAAGGUUUCAUCGACGCUCCACGCGCCGAUAGUAUCCGGUCAAUAUACAGAUGCUGUCAAUUUACAGAUGCUGUCUAAACCAUUGUCAGUGUUAGACGGUCUUUUGUCACCAAAUUAUGUAGCCGAAAAAUCUAACACACACGUUGACCGCGUCGCCGAUUCUCACGAAGAGGAGCAAACAGAAUUGUUUGCGUAUCUCCUGCAACCAGGAUCGCACAAAUCGAGCGUACAUUUUGCGCUGGAUAUUGACACGAAAGAACAUUCCAAGGCACUGCCCUCGCAAAGAACUGUCUCACCGUUGCCAAUCAGCAAUAUCACUAGAUACAAAAGUGACAGCAACCCAAAUCUUCUUAUGACUGCGGUCACACCGGUGCCGGCUGUCCAUGCAAGUAACAGUCUAGUGGGACGUCAUAUACUCAGCGUCGAUGAUUUUAAUAAAGAUAUCCUGAAGGAUGUUUUCCAGCUUGCGGAAUAUCUUCGAAUUUGUAUAAGAAAAGAACGACCUUUGGACCACAUCUUAAAGGGAAAGAUUAUGGCUUCCAUUUUCUACGAAGUCAGCACGAGAACGUCAUGCAGUUUUGCUGCCGCGAUGGAGCGUCUUGGUGGACGCGUAAUAUAUAUGGAUGGUACCACAUCAUCAGUGAAAAAGGGUGAAACUCUCGAAGAUUCUGUAACAGUUAUGACAGGAUACGCAGACGUGGUUGUACUCAGACAUCCAGAGCCAGGCGCAGUAACUAGAGCAUCGCACCAUUGCAGAAAACCAUUGUUGAAUGCUGGUGACGGAGUUGGCGAACAUCCGACUCAAGCGCUGCUGGAUAUCUUCACGAUCAGAGAUGAAUUCGGAACUGUGAAUGGUCUUACGAUUACGAUGGUAGGAGAUUUAAAGCAUGGUAGAACCGUCCAUUCUCUCGCAAGGUUGCUGACCUUAUAUAAUGUGGAACUGCGCUAUGUGAGCCCACCUGGCCUCGGUAUGCCAGAUCAUAUUGUCAACUACGUGAACGAACGUCGAAUCUCGCAAGAGAAGUUCUCGUCCUUGGAGGAGGCAUUAUCCGACACCGAUGUCCUUUAUAUGACGCGAAUACAACGCGAACGUUUCAACACUCAAGAAGAGUAUCAUCAGAUGUGCGGACACUUCAUAGUCACUCCGCAGCUGAUGUCGCGCGCGAAGAGGAGAAUGGCAGUGAUGCACCCUUUGCCACGAGUUUUUGAGAUUAGCGCCGAAUUUGACAGCGAUCCCCGGGCGGCUUAUUUCCGACAGGCCGAAAACGGAGUCUACGUGCGUAUGGCAUUGUUAGCCAUGGUUCUGGGACGCGUAUGAUCCGAUCGGCUCAAUCGUUUAUAAUUCGCAGGAUUUGCUGAAGAAGAGAUCGAUAACGUAUGC